GCCGGUAACAAAAUUGUCCAAACCGGACCCCGCAACUUGACCCCGCCGCAACUUCUUCAACGUCUCCGAUAUUCCUCUACAGCCAUUCAAUACAAGGCCACAUUCAGAGGUAAAAGAGGAAAAAUAGAAAGAAAGAAUAGCCAUGACAAGCUUGGACUCCAUUUUAGCAGGCAAAUAUCCUGCCAAAGCCCAUGCCCGCCGGGUUGCUGAGCGCCUUGAAGCGUGCGGCCAUGGCCGGCAUGGGAUUAUCUAUCUCGAAGCGCAGAAAACUCGACUGAUAGAAGACAAUGAUGAGGCGAUGCCCUUCAGACAACGCCGCCCCUUUUUCUAUUUGUCAGGGUGCCCGUUGCCAGAUUCAUACCUGAUUUACAAUAUUGGGGCUGAUAAAUUGACAUUAUUCAUCCCACCAAUUGACCCUGAAGACGUGAUUUGGUCGGGUCUCCCUAUGUCUGUUACAGAGGCACUGCGACUCUAUGACGUCGACCAAGUGCUGCACACGCCCGAGGUGAAUGCUACUUUGGCCGCCAUCGCCUCGGAUGGUGAGGGUAAAUCGGUUGCCUUCGCAAUCGAGGGCCAAAUUUCGGAAGGAACCAAGUUCCAUGGAUUUCUUAAAACCAAUACUUCGGUAUUAAAGGGGGUCAUUGAAGACACGCGUGUGGUCAAGGAUAUGUAUGAGGUUGCGCUAUUGAGGAAGGCGAAUGACAUUUCUGCAAAGGCACAUAUCGCAGCUAUUAAAGCAUCCAAGGCCGCCACUAAUGAGCGCGAGAUUGAGGCCGCUUUUAUCGCAACGUGUAUUGCCAACGGCGGUCGUGACCAGGCUUAUCACCCUAUCGUUGCAUGCGGUCAGAAUGGGGCCACCCUCCACUACGGAAGGAAUGAUGACGGACUGGCUGACCCAGUCACUAAGCAGAGGAAAUCAAGUGUCCUCAUCGAUGCCGGGGCGGAGUAUCGCACAUAUUGCGCUGAUAUCACUCGAGUUUUCCCUUUGGGUGGUAAAUUCACCUUGGAGUCACAGCAGAUUUACAACAUUGUUCUGCAGAUGCAGACGGAGACUAUUGCAAUGUUGAAAGAAGGUGUACAAUGGGAGGAUGUACAUGCACAUGCCCAUCGUGUUGCAAUCAAGGGCUUGCUCGGACUAGGGAUCCUUCGUGGCUCUGAAGACGAAUUGUUCGACAAGAGAAUUAGCGUGGCUUUCUUUCCUCAUGGUCUUGGGCACUAUCUGGGAAUGGACACUCAUGACACUGGAGGUAACCCGAAUUAUGCUGACAAGGACACUAUGUUCAAGUAUCUCCGCGUGAGGGGCCGUUUACCUGCGGGAUCAGUUAUCACAGUAGAGCCGGGCAUCUACUUUUGCCGCUUCAUUAUCGCACCGUUCCUAGAGUCUCCUGAAACGAACAAGUAUAUCGAUACCGAAGUUCUGGAGAAAUACUGGAGUGUCGGCGGUGUACGCAUCGAAGAUAAUGUUCACGUCACUCAGCAUGGCUAUGAAAAUUUGACAACUGCACCGAAGGCUAUAGAAGAAGUGGAAGUUCUAGCCUCUUAGUUGUUGACCUUUGUAUCCAAGGUCUGAGGUUAUAGGAGUUCUUGCCCCAAGGGAUGCAAUGCAUGUAAUGUCCUAUGCAACGUUACUUUCAACCACGUCCCAUCAAAACGACACAUGCAUCUUGCUACUGAAGUCUAGUAAGAGUUGUCCUAGAACAGUAGCUUAAAGCCGAAUAAACCGCACAAAAUAUUACCCGAAGUGAGAG